CAGACAAGCGAAGAAGUCUUGGGGGUCCCGCUGUUUCAAGCGUUUCUGGGAUACUGGCGGACUGACUGUGCUGUAAAUGUCAUGGCGACCAACAGCGAGCAACUUUCUCGUGGUUUCGUAACUGAAACCUAUCAAGAAGUCAACAACACAGAGUGAAAACUGAGGGUCAACACGUUUUGUCCUGAUUUACGGAGAAAAGACAACAGAAAUUGUUACCAAAAUUAAGAUUGGGAAUCAGUUAAACCAGUUUUUGAAAUGGAGAGUGCAGUGAACACUGGUCCUGAUGAUGAGCCAUCUGAGACUGCUGUUCCAUAUGAAGCCAUUAAUGUUAAGGAUGGGAGUGAGACCCCCAAAAAGAAAAACAAGAAACAUAAGAAACACAAAAGUAAAAAGAAACGUAAGAAGCGUAAGGGUGAAAAAGACAGUAGCUCUGAAUCUGGAGUAGAGUCAGAUGGUGAUUCCCGAACAAGAACGAGUGUUAAAAAAGAUGGCUUAUCUAACCCUGAGACUGAUGCUACAAAAAACUGUACAGAAGACCUCAGUGAUGUGGAAGCUGAUGCCAAGGUUAAAAAGCAAAAACAUCGUGUUGGGAAAAAGAAGAAAAAAAGAAGACGGAGAGAAGAGGAAAAGCAAGAGAAAAAGUCCUCCUCUCGCUCAAGAUCGGGGAGUAGCUCGGCGUCAGGGUCAGAAUCGGAAUUGGACUCCAAACAAUCACAAAAAAUGCAGGCGGAGUCUUUAAAAUUGGACAAGAAGUCACCUAUUACUGCAGCUAAAGUUCCAAGUGACAAAUUUAAAGAUGGCACACCCCAACUGGAAGAUAAAAAGAGAGAUAUGACUUCUGAUCACAGUGAAGAAGAAAGUUUCAAACUAGGAGGGAUAAAAAAGAUGUCUCCUGAGCCUGCAAAUGCACUAAUUCCAGAGAGGGACAUAACAGUGGAAGCUGUUGGUGAACAUGAAAGUUUUGGUAAAGCUCAAGAACUUCCUGAUAUAAUACCUAAGCAAGAGAAUGUGCACAAAGAGCAAGCUGUGCAGAAGGACAUCUUAAAGGAAGCAAAUGUGAAUCAGAAAGAAAAGAAAAAAAAGUCUCUCUCCAGGUCAAGGUCACGAUCGCUUUCAGACACUAAAGGGAAGAAAUCCAAACAUAGUCGCUCUAGAACCCCAAAGAAGUCAACUGGUAAAUCAGGACGCCAUAAUGACAGAUCAUCUUCAAGGGACAGGUCUCUGUCUGCCUCUGGUGGGAAGGAUCGAACAAAACGAAGAAGCUCAAGGUCUCCAUCAGGACGGUCCCCAUCUAAAGUGACAAAGAAAGCUGGACGCAGGUCAAGGUCGCUCUCUGGAAGAAGAGGGUAUCGCUCUGACUCAAGGUCUCGCACAAAGACCAGAAGAUCUAGGACCAGGUCCCCACGGCGGGGUCAUCGCUCAAGAUCUAGGUCAAUUGGAAGAACAAGACAUUCACGCUCAAGAUCAAAACAAUCUGUUUCUCGGCGGAAGAAUCGGCGCUCAAGAUCACGGUCCAGAUCUCUACGGAGAGGAAGACACUCAAGAUCUCGCUCUCGAAAGAGGACACCUGUUUCUCGGAGGCGGUCCAGGUCUAGAUCUGUCAGAAAAGCAAGGCGAGCACGCUCAAGAUCCCUUGUGAUCCUUAAACGAUCUAGAUCCCAAUUGAGAAGAAACAGAAGAUCUAGAUCAAGAUCCAUUCGUAAAAGAUCAGGUUCAAGAAGUCCAAAACGUCGAACUAAGUCUCGGUCCCCUCAACGCUCCAGGCCCUCUGUGUCACGUUCUCCUGCAGUCCCUCAAAGGAGGUCAAAAUCUAGGAGCCCUCAUAGCACAAAGUCAGAAUCAGUAUCUCCUCAGCGACGUAAAAGAUCAAAGUCACGGUCAUCCUCACAUAAUUCAAAGUCUGAAUCCCCAAAAUUAAGAAUGGAUAAAAAGCAAAAAGGUAAACGGUCAAGGUCAGUUUCACAGCGAAACACAUCAAGAUCUAGAUCCAUUUCCAGGGAGCGACAAACAUCAGAUAGAAGUAUGUCCCCUACUAAGAGUGCACACUCUAAAUCUCCCACUAAAGAAGAUGAGUCCUUAAAGGAUCAGAGUUUAAAAGAAGCCUCAGAAACUAGACUGCAAGUUGUGGAUGCUGUGGAGGAAAAUUUAGAAGUAAAAGGGACAGCAGGUGGAUGGAAACCAGUGAUAACUGAAUGUACAUCUGUGCAAAAGCCAUCAAAUGAAGACGUAACAUCAUCAGAAUGUGACACACAAUGUAAAAUAAUAGAGGAGCCCGAAAAUCCCUCUGAAUGUGAAGAAAGACCAAACCGAUCUAGAUCAUUGUCCUCAGAGCCGUUUCCUCAACACGGCACUGCAGGAUCAGAUGAAGAUGAUCAAUCAGAGAGCUCACGAUCACCUUCACCAAAUACACUGAAAGAAUCUAAGUCCUUCAACAGAACGUCACCUGUUCAAAGAAAGCGUUCCAGAUCAGCUUCUUCCACCAAGAAGAGGCGGUCCAAGUCCAAAUCUGUCAGCAGCAAGAGGAGGUCAAGGUCUCCUGCAAGAAAACACAAGUCCAGGUCUCCCUCACAUAGUCGUAAAAAAAGGACAAAGUCUCGGUCACCUGUUCGGAAAAGGAGAUCACGAUCAAGAUCAGCCAAUCGAAGGGCAAAAUCAAGGUCUAAAUCUCACACAAGGACAAAGCGCUCGAAAUCAAAAUCCCCCAAGCGGAAACGGUCAAAAUCUAGAUCACCAGCUCGAAAAAGGAGGUCCAAGUCACGUUCCCCUGCUAGAAAGAGAAGAUCUCGUUCACGGUCAUGGGCCCGUCAGUCACGAUCCAGAAGGUCACGAUCUAUGUCACGCCGGAGGAGACCAGCAUUUAGAGGGCGAUCUUUUGACAGACGAGAUCGAUGGAAACGUGAACCAAGCCAUUCCCCAAUUUUGAUUCUCCGUAAGAGGAGGUCCAACUCAAGAUCUCGACGCAGUUCUAGCAAGACGCCACCGCGUCUCACUGACCUAGAUAAAGAUCAACUGUUGGAGAUUGCGAAGGCUAAUGCCGCUGCAAUGUGUGCUAAAGCUGGAAUGCCCAUACCUGAAAGUCUCAAGCCGAAAGCAAUUCUACAGUUACCCCUGCCAACCCCAGCUCCAACCCCCUUGUCUUUGCCUCUGCCACUGCCCAUGCCCAAUUUACCUAUGAAUCUGCCCAUGGGUAUACCAGGUAUGCCUGCAAUGCCAAACAUGACGAUGAACGCUGCCGUGGCAAGUAUGACUGCGGCAACCAUGACCGCUGCUCUGUCAAACAUGGGUGCCCUGACCUCUAUGCCCCCGAUGCCUCCCCUUCCUACCAUUACCAACAAGCCCCCUCCAGCACCCACACCUAAUCUGGCAAGUAUUGAGGAGGUGAAGAGGAAAGUGGCUCAACAAGCAAACAGCAUUAGCAUCAAGGAGUUCACAGAGAAAUGUAAACAGAUUGCAGAGAGCAAGGAGGAGAUGCGUAUUGCACGACCACAUGUUUCAGAUGAUGAAGAUGAUGAGACACGGGUAAAUGUUCUGUCAUUUUGAAGUGAUUUAAACAUUUUCUAUCUUGGUUGCUUGUAUUUAAUUCUUGUUUGUUUUAUUUUAAUUAUUUUCCAGUAACCCGCUGUCCUUCUACUUCAUCUUGUAUACAAUCCUGAUGAUAGACACCUGUGGCCCAUAUUUAGGAUGAAGGAUGACCUCUGCCAUAGGCUUGUUUCUGUCAUGUAAAUGAAACUUUUGUUUAUUCGCAG